UGUUCCAUUUUUAAACCAAUCAAUGUUGAAGGUGUGUGCGUGCCCACCAAUCGUUUAUUUAUAAACCUGAAGGUGUGUACGAAUUGUUUACAUUAGUAUAAUAAACACGCGCGUGCGAAGGGAUAACUUUCUUGUGAACUACUGUUUCUGCGCUUACGUCAUCAGAUAGUUGUGAAAUAACUAUAAAGAUUGAAGAUAACAUAUUUUUUAGAUAGAUACUCUAUUGAACUCGAUGAUUAUUCGGAUAUACAUGUGCAUUAACUAACGAUCGAAUUACUGUAGACAGCAAUAUUACAGUAUUGGAAUAACUGACGAGUUACUACGACCUUGCUAUACUCAGCAGACGUCCUUCAGAAAAUCUUUAGUGAAGGACAGAAACUAUAGGAGACUGAGUCUACAUCUCACUCAUUUAAUGGCAACACCGGUUAUCAUAGUUCACGGAGGCGCAUGGACUAUUCCUGAUAAGCAUAAGCCGUCACGUGACGGUACGAAAUGUGCUGCACCACGUGCAGGUUAUGCGUUUUUAGCACGUGGAGGCUCAGCUCUGGACGCCGUGCAAGCUGCGGUUUUAGUGCUGGAAGAUGAUCCCACAUUUGAUGCCGGAACGGGGUCCGUAUUGACCGCAAAUGGUGAUGUCGAAAUGGACGCUGUAAUAAUGGACGGCAAGACGUUAAAAUCUGGAGGCGUGGCUUGUGUACAUAAUAUACAAAAUCCUAUUACCCUUGCCAGGGAGGUAAUGGAAAAGACUGACCACUGUUUGCUUGUUGGACCAGGAGCAAAUUUGUUUGCCGAGGAAGUUGGGAUAAAAAAAGUUCCAACAGAAUCUCUCGUGUCGGACGAGGCUUUGCGAGAACUUGAAUGUUAUAAGGCGUAUGGGAACACGGUCGAUGAUCUCUUUAGACAACGGGGAACAGGCCAUGAUACAGUUGGGGCAGUUGCAAUCGACAGUAAUGGAAAUAUAGCUUUUGGAACAUCGACAGGUGGAAUCUCGUGCAAAAAGCCAGGUCGAGUAGGAGACAGUCCUAUCAUUGGUGCCGGUGGUUAUGCUGAUAAUGAUGUGGGCGGAGUAUCAUGCACAGGUCAUGGCGAGUCUAUAUUCAAGGUUGUCCUAGCUUAUCAAAUAAUUACUUUGAUGAAAACGGGUAUAUCGGCGCAAGAGGCAGCCGACAAAGCUUUGGCCAAUAUGGCUAAUAAGGUUAAUGGUUUUGGAGGAGUUAUCGUUCUUAGUAAUAAUGGGGACCAGAUAGCAAGCUUUACAACAGAGCGAAUGGCUUGGGCCUGGGUCAAGGAGGGUGUUCUCCAUCAUGGAGUAAAUCCCGGUGAAGAUUUAACAGAGCCAAUAGAAGAAGAGAAGGCAAAUUGAAAUUGGAUUGCAAAUCAAUUUU